AUGGCGAACGAGGUGAUCCUUCUUGAUUUCUGGCCUAGCAUGUUCGGCAUGAGGACUAGGAUCGCGUUGAGGGAGAAAGGUGUCGAGUUCGAGUACAGGGAAGAGGAUCUGGCGAACAAGAGCCCUUUGCUUCUCCAGAUGAACCCCGUUCACCAGAAGAUUCCGGUUCUCAUCCACAACGGUAAACCGGUCUGCGAGUCUAGCAUUCAGGUGGAGUACAUCGACGAGGUCUGGUCUCACAAGAACCCUAUCCUCCCUUCCGAUCCUUACAAGAGAGCUCAGGCUAGAUUCUGGGUUGAUUUCAUCGACAAGAAGAUGUACGAGGCUCAGGGGAAGGUGUGGGCGACGACGGGGGAGGAACAAGUUGCAGGGAAGAAGGCGUUCAUCGAGCUGCUCAAGACACUUGAGUCUGAGCUUGGGGACAAACCUUUCUUUGGUGGCGAUGACUUUGGCUACGUAGACAUUGGGUUGAUUGGGUUCUACACAUGGUUUCACGCAUACGACAAGUAUGGUAACUUCAGCAUCGAAGCAGAGUGUCCUAAACUGAUCGCUUGGGCCAAGAGGUGUCUGCAGAGGGAGAGCGUGGCUAAGUCCCUGCCUGACUCUGAGAAGGUCACUGAUUUCAUCGCCGAGCUCAGGAAGAAGUUUGUACCCGAGUAG